CUGUGACUUUCCUUGCUGUUUCUAUCCACUUCUUACCUACAAACUACACGCUCGCCAACAUGUCCGAGGCAGCACAGGACCCCCCCGUUCCUCCUCCCAACCCCACGGCCGCCGACACCAAGCCCGAGAGCUCCAACGCCGCGGCCGAGACGCCAGCUGCUGCUGGUGACGACGUCAAGAUGGAGGAGGCGCCCAAGCCCGUCGAGGAGAACUGGGAGGACAUUCCCGACCACGUUCUUAGCUCCGACGUCCAGGAGAUUCGCAUGCAGGCGCGCAUGAUUGACAACGAGGUCAAGAUGAUGCGUCAGGAGAACCUCCGCCUCGCCCACGAGCGCGACCAGAUGGUCGACAAGAUCCAGGACAACGUGACCAAGAUCAAGCAGAACAAGGUGCUGCCGUACCUCGUGUCCAAGGUCGUCGAGAUUCUUGACGUCGAUGCCGAGACUCAGGAGGGUGCCGCGCACAACGAGCACAACGCCAAGAAGUCAAAGUGCGCUGUCAUCAAGACUUCGACCCGCCAGACCGUGUUCCUGCCCAUCAUCGGCCUCGUCCCCCACGAGGAGCUCCGCCCAGGAGACCUUAUCGGUGUGAACAAGGACUCGUACCUUGUCCUCGACAAGCUCCCAGAUGAGUACGAUGCGCGUGUGAAGGCCAUGGAGGUCGACGAGCGACCAACCGAGACGUACACCGACAUUGGUGGUCUCGACAAGCAGAUUGAGGAAUUGGUGGAGGCUAUCGUCCUGCCAAUGCAGCAGGCCGAGAAGUUCCAGACUCUCGGCAUCACGCCCCCCAAGGGCUGUCUCAUGUACGGACCACCCGGUACCGGCAAGACGCUGCUCGCUCGUGCAUGUGCCGCCCAGACCAACGCCUGCUACCUCAAGCUCGCCGGUCCUUCUCUUGUCCAGAUGUACAUUGGUGAUGGUGCCAAGCUUGUUCGUGAUGCCUUCGAGCUCGCCAAGCAGAAGGCCCCCGCUAUCAUCUUCAUCGAUGAGCUCGACGCCGUUGGCACCAAGCGUUUCGACAGCAACAAGGCCGGUGACCGUGAAGUGCAGCGUACCAUGCUCGAGUUGCUCAACCAGCUCGACGGUUUCUCGUCUGACCAGCGCAUCAAGGUCAUUGCCGCCACCAACCGUAUCGACAUUCUCGACCCUGCCCUUCUCCGAUCUGGUCGUCUCGACCGCAAGAUCGAGUUCCCUCUGCCCAACGAGUCUGCGCGUGAGAACAUUCUCCAGAUCCACGCGCGUAAGCUCAACCACACGGGCGUCAACUUCGAGGAGCUUGCACGAUCUACGGAGGACUUUAACGGAGCGCAGCUCAAGGCUGUCUGUGUUGAGGCUGGUAUGCUUGCAUUGAGGCAAGGCGCAUCGCAGCUCACACACGAGCACUUCCAUGGUGGUAUCCUGGAGGUGCAGGCGCGCAAGGCAAAGGAGCACCAUUACUUUGCCUAAGCUCGUCGCGGUCGUGUGGGUGUGCAUGCAUGGAGAAGUCAGAUGUAGAGAGAUACCAUGUGAUGAUAUGUUACAGAGUACAGAG